AUGUGGGAAGGAGGCUCUUUCUGGAAGGGAAGCUAUGCAGAGACUUUCUGGCCUGCUUUGUCCAGGGCAUUGGAUUACCUGACAGGCGAGGAAUGGCAAAUGUGUCAGGCCCGUGGAGGACCUAUGCGACCUGAGAAGUUUGCAGUCCUGCACACGCCCGUCCUUUGCAGGAAAGGUCGCCCCCCGGAACGGUGCCCAACGGAUUUCAAGAAUUCGGAUCACUUUUUGGACGACAUUGCUUGUUUUUGUCCUCGAACCAGAUGCAUUCUCAAGAGUGCAGAAUUGCGAUCGGCAUUCGUGCCACACGGUAUUGCAGUACGGAUGUGCCGUCAGGAUGCCAAGUUGGUACUCCAGAUGUGGGUCAGAAGGCAAAUUCUGUUGCAGGUGUUGUUGACACGCACUUCAUUUAGGCAUUCGUUCCCUCGUUGCGAAUGUAGCCAAACGGUGCGAUGUUUUUAA